AUUUUCAUCCAGCUGCAGAUCUGGGACACAGCAGGCCAGGAGCGUUUCCGUUCCAUCACCCAGAGUUACUACCGGAGUGCCAACGCACUCAUCCUCACCUAUGACAUCACGUGUGAGGACUCCUUCCGGUGCCUUCCAGAAUGGCUGAGGGAGAUUGAGCAGUAUGCCAACACCACCGUGGUCACAAUUUUAGUCGGCAAUAAGAUCGACCUAGCGGAGAAGAGGGAAGUCAUGAGGCAGAGAGCGGAAGAGUUUGCGAACUCCCAGAGCAUGCUUUAUCUGGAGACCUCUGCCAAGGAGUCUGAUAGCGUGGAGAAGCUCUUUCUGGACCUGGCGUGCGAGCUGAUCCGCGAUGCCAAACAGAACACGCUGGACAACAAUGACACGGCUAACGCUAUGCCAGGAGAGGGAAAACCAUCAGCUACCUAGGUUGCUGCAGCACUAACUAGGUCAGAUUCUAGAGUGCUGGGUUGUGUUCAUUCCUGUUUAUAAGGGCACAACACCAACGGGGGGGGGGGUUCUUAUCGGACAGAUUUAGCUCAGUCCCUUCCCGCUUACCCUCUGUUUCGGGACGUUUUUCUUCCCAAGUUGAACGCCUAUUGAACACCACCCUGAACUGUAUUCUGGCCAUGCAGCUGUGCUGAGUGCACUACGACGUGGACCUGAACGCAGUGGAAUGGCGGUGACAGGAUGCCUCAUGUCUGUUUUGUCCCAGUCCAGACUUCACGGUGCCACUUGUCAGUCUCUCUUUUGAGAGUCCCUCCCAUGGCCUUUU